GGCUCCGUACUUGUCUUCUUUUUGGAUGUAUUUUGCAUCUCUACUUAAUUUACUUCAAGAUUUUUAAGUAUCUGAACUGAGUAAAUUAUACAAAGUUUUCUUAAAGAAAACCAUCCAUCAUCCUUUUUUUUUUGUAUUUUGCUUUGAACUUUUCCUUCUUUUGUUGUGUUUCAACCCCACUAGAAUUGCCCUUUAAAGUUGUAAAAAGCACAGUCAAGUCUUCUCUGCUAGUUAGAUUGUGUUUAAUGUUGUGCUUAUUUGGGUUGGUGAUCAGUUGUAUUUUGCCUACCCAUUGUUUCUGGUUUAGUCUGGUUGUACUGUUCCUUUACCAUAAUGAAAAGAUGAAAAAUCUUGCAGAGCUAAAGCUUUUAGAAACAGCUAGUUAUGGGAGGGAUUCAUACCAUUUCUACCUAACACUGUUUUGAUGUCUUCAUUACCUCAUUACUUUUUAACUCAAUUCUUUUUGUGGGUCUUCAAAGUACAGUCCAGAAUUAUUGCACCUCCCCAUUUCUGGUACCUCAAUUAGCUCCUAGCUCAUAUAGUUUUUCCAGAGUUUUAAAGGGGUUAUUGUUUCCCUGUUGAAAAGAAAAGAACGAUCUUGAUGAGUGAUCUUUGUCUACCUUUCAAGGGAAAUGGGGAUGCCUUUGGCUUUCCUGUUGUUGGAUAUUAUCUUUGUUCUCUGUUCCUUUCGAGUCCAAACAUCUGCAGGUAAGUAGUCUCAUGCCUGUUCUGUUCUUCACUUGGGGUUGAAAUUUGAAUAGUACUUAUGAUUAUGGACACGGUCGAAUUUGGUGUGAUCAUAGCAGAAUUGAAGAACGUACUUUGCAGCUGUUGCUUUAAUAAUGAUAUCAAUGUGAGGUUAAAGGGAAUUAUUUUUCUUGAAUUAAGUUUGAUAUCAGCUUCGUCAAGUUCUAAGUCUGGUGAUUCAGGAAAACUCCACCAUUGUUGAAUGCUAGCUUCUGCAUUUCUUUACAAAGAGUUUCAGAGUCAAAUUAUUAAGUAAUUUAACUCUAAUUUGAAAUUACUGAAUGCUUUUUUAGGUCUGAAUCUACCGUCUAUGCAUGCAACUGGAGAGCUUUUCCAAUUCAAAGAUCUCAAAUUCUAUACAGCAAUCAGAUCACAUCUAAAAGUGCUCCAGAAUGCCCAAAGUGAACACAGGUACCUAAGUGAUACCACUUCACGACACCCGUUCAAGAAGCCAAUAAAUGCUUCUGCAGAUUCACCAUCACCUUCAUUCAAUGGCAAUCAUGGGAGAAAAAACAGAUAUAAUAAACUCUCCCCUGGAGCACAUCAUCUGCAUCAUCCGAAAAAUAGGUGGCACUCAAUCUCACCAGCACCCACGCCAUCAUCAACAGUUCCAGAAUUACCACUUCGAAGCCCUGCACCAGAACCUAAAAUUUCUCCAUCUAAUUUUGUACCCAAAAAGUUGACAAGGGCUCCACACCCAUCUCAAGUUAUGACAUUGCCACCUCCACCUCCAAAUCAAGAUUGCUCUUCGUUAUCAUGCACUGAACCACUGACAUAUGGGCCUUCUGGAUCACCUUGUGGUUGUGUUUGGCCUAUCCAAGUCAGUCUGAGAUUAAGUGUUACCCUAUACACAUUUUUCCCUUUGGUUUCUGAGCUUGCGGAGGAACUUUCUACAAGUCUUUCUUUGAAUCGAAGUCAAGUGCGAAUCAUGGGAGCAAAUGCAGCCAACCAGCAAUUAGAGAAAACAGUAGUCCUAUUGAAUCUGGUUCCUCUAGAUGACCAGUUUGAUGCCACCACUGCAAAUUCCAUUUACAGGAAGUUUUGGAAAAGGCAGGUUCACAUUAAAACUUCACUUUUUGGCAUGUACCAAGUGGUAUAUGUACGCUAUCCAGGUCUACCUCCCUCUCCGCCUGCAUUAACCGCCUCACAAACAGCAACGAUUAAUAGCAAACCAUAUCAGGGAGGGAUCAAUAAUGAUGGGAACAUGAUAAAGCCUAUCGGUGUGAAUGUGCCUCGGAGAAAAAGAAAUGGUUUGGGCCCCAGUAUGGUGAUUGUAAUUGUUCUGUCAUCAAUCACAACUGCUGUUGUGUCCAUUGGAUUUAUCUGGCUUCUUUUGUUCAAGUUUGCAUGCUGCAUUCACAAACCUGAUGAGCAACAUUCACCUGCUCUGAUAUCAGCUCGCGGGCAACCAUCAGGUGGUGCUAGAUCCUUGACACUUGAAAGCCAUCCCUCCUCAGCUUCAGUUUCACUUAGUUCUAGCAUCUUGCCAUACACUGGAACAGCCAAGAUAUUUAGUAUCACCGACAUAGAGCGAGCCACUGAAAACUUUGAUUCUUCAAGAAUUAUAGGUGAAGGUGGUUUUGGCGUUGUAUACAGUGGCAUUCUUGAUGAUGGAAGGAAGGUUGCAGUGAAGAUCUUGAAGCGAGAUGAUCGCCAGGGAAGCCGCGAGUUUUUAGCUGAAGUUGAGAUGCUUAAUAGACUACACCAUAGAAACUUGGUCAAAUUGCUAGGUCUCUGCAAUGAACCACAUUGUAGAUGCUUAGUGUAUGAACUGGUGCCUAAUGGAAGUGUGGAAUCCCAUUUACAUGGAGCUGAUAAAGAAGUUGCUCCUCUUGAUUGGUGUGCUCGGGUGAAGAUUGCUCUCGGUGCAGCCCGUGGGUUGUCUUAUUUGCAUGAGGAUUCCAGUCCCCGAGUAAUACACAGGGACUUCAAAUCAAGUAACAUCUUGUUAGAGUAUGAUUUCACACCUAAAGUGUCAGACUUUGGAUUAGCCAGAGCAGCGCUGGAUGAGCAAAACAAGCAUAUUUCCACUCACGUCAUGGGAACUUUCGGUUAUCUUGCGCCUGAGUAUGCAAUGACUGGCCAUUUACUAGUGAAAAGUGAUGUUUAUAGCUAUGGAGUGGUGCUCCUUGAGCUCCUUACAGGGCGGAAACCAGUAGAUCUAUCGCAACCACCAGGUCAAGAAAAUCUGGUUGCCUGGGCUCGUCCGCUUCUCACAACAAAUGAAGGCUUGGAAACAAUCAUAGACCCUGCAAUAAAAUCAAACAUUACAUUCGACAGCGUGGUCAAGUUCGCGGCAAUUGCAUCUAUGUGCGUGCAACCUGAAGUGUCGCAUCGUCCAUUCAUGGGAGAAGUAGUCCAGGCUUUAAAGUUAGUUUGCAACGAGUUUGAGGAAACAAAAGACCUAAUGUCGGGAAGCUACAGCCAUGAUGAGUUUUCCAUCAGUAAGAAUAGCCAAAUUUGGGUUGAUGAUCAGGAUCAUGAUUAUGAUGUAGGGGAAGUCUCAACAGCCAGUUACACAAUGCAUCAUCAAGGAUUUGAUGAUAAAAUAAGAUUGUCAACUUCAAAUCUUCCACCUGAGGCAUAUGGAGGGCUCGAAUCAGAUUCUUUCAGGAGACAGUUUAAUUCUGCUCCUUUGAAGAGGGGACGGAAAAAGCAUUUCUGGGAACGUUUAAGAGGGUUUUCAAGAGGCAGCAUGAGUGAGCGUGGAUUCACAUUAAUGUAAUGUAUUAUUAUAGGUUCUUCAACUUCCCAAUCCUUUGCAACUAAACUUUUUCUUUCCAAAUGAAACUUCUGUUUAACUAGAACAUAUUUGUAGAAAUCCGUGUAUCCUACAAGAUUUUGACCCAUCACCUAUGUACAAAGACUUUAGACCUCUGUAUCAGUUCAGUUUUGCUCUCUUUCCAGUGAAAAUAAAGACUAAUGCUCAACAACAACACCAAACAACAGAAACAUUGAUUUUUUCUGCAUCAGUAACUGGGGGAGAAAGGCAAUAAAAAAU